AUGUCUAUUAAGCAUCAGAUGUCAAAGGUUGAGCAGUUAAAGAAACAACUAGAAGAAGCACAAAGAGAAGAAUCAAUGAAAAAAGCAGCAGAAAUAUCGCAAUUAGGUUACUAUGGGUCAUCAAACGACAACUUUUCAUGCCGUGUAUUAAAACAAAUGAUAAGUAAGUGCAAUUCAAAGCAAGCAAUAAAUGGUAUAAAGAAAUAUAUUCUAACCUACUUCCUCACAAGUACAACAAUAACUAUUCCAAGAGUAUUUGACAAUCUUUUCAAUUAA